UGAAUCCCGCGGUUCCUUGUAGUACUCCAACGGGAAGGAAUUUGGUUGAAGAGUCAUGGCUCAAAGAAUAGAAGCCCAAAUCCAAGUCGAGGUUGGGGUAGACGUUCUAUGGAGAACAUUUGCAGAGGAAUUUAGAGUGACUUGGCCAAAAGUAGUUCCAGAUAUUGUGGUAAAUGUUGAGGUAGUUGAGGGAGACGGUGGUCUUGGCUCUUUGCUCUUCCUUCAGUUUAAGCCUGGUGGACCUACUGUACCAUAUCAAAAGACCAAAAUUGUGGAGUUGGACAGCACGAAGCACAAACUUGGGCUGGAAGUGGUUGAAGGAGGUCAUCUGAGCAAUGGCUUCAGCAAGUAUGUGACAUUCUUCAAGCUCACCAGCAAUGGUGAGCGUGAGACUCAGGUUGACGUUGCAGUGGAGUGUGAGCCAGUGGCAGAAGAAGCAGACUUGCAAGGAAAAACAACAAAAUUUCCUCUGCUCUUCUUCAGGUGUUUGGAAAAUUAUCUGCAAAUUACAACCGAUGCUUGAGUCAUCCAUGCUCCUGAUCCAUUUAUGGUUAUCGUUUCUGUUUUACUGCACUGCACUGCACUGCACUGCAUUGCUCAUAUGUGCAAGCACAUCUGUAUCGAGAUGAAGCAAGGAAGAAAUUUACAAGCACGCCAAUUCCAGAUAAAUAAAUAAAUAAAUAUAUACACAUA